AUGAUAGCAAUUCCGCUGAGCUCCUCCGCUGUCUUCCAACGCGCGGCGGCCGGAAGUUCAUCGGACGAUCUACAAUGGGUGAUUGAGAGUGCCGGAUUGGUUGCCAUUGCGUGGUAUUUGCUGGUGGUGUUUGUGUGUGCUUUGGGGUAUUUGCAGAUACGGAGGCUCUAUUCCAAUGUGCCCCCCAGAUCAAAGUCUGCGAGUUCCUUUGACGCUCCCCAUGUCACCACCAUCCGACCCGUAAAAGGCAUCGAGCCAUACCUAUACGAAUGCCUUGCGUCAACAUUACGACAAGACUAUCCCCGCGACAAACUGACGACGUGUAUUUGCGUAUCUACAAGAGCUGACCCGGCAUUUCCUAUACUCGAAAAAUUAGUCCAAGACUUCUCGGCCACAUGCGAUGUGCGCAUAUACGUUGAAGAAGAAGACCCGCUUCUCCAGGAGGAAAGCACCUAUCCCAUGGGCCCAAACCCGAAGAUCCGCAACAUGAGCCGUGCGUACAGAGAAGCUAAAGGGGAUAUCAUUUGGAUUAUAGACUGUAAUGUCUGGGUCGGAACAGGUGUGUGCGGUCGAAUGGUUGAUAAGCUGUGUGGUUACGGUGGGAAACGAUAUAAGUUUGUGCAUCAUCUCCCGAUUGCAGUCAACGUCGACCCCGAGGACGCAUUGACGGGCGAGUCGCAGCCUUUACUCGCCGCGAAUAGGAAUGGUGUGCAUAAAUCGGGUGCCGACAGGACGACCUCGAUACUCAAGGAAGGAGGCGGCCGUCUCGAGGAACUUUUCCUCUCGUCGUCGCAUGCGAAAAUGUAUACUGCCAUAAACACCGUGUCCAUUGCACCAUGCAUCGUGGAUACGUCACCCGUUCAAGGCCCUGCUCGCAACCCGGGCAUUGACUGGGUUUCCGACCAACUAUGUGAAGACCACAUCAUCGGCGACUGGUUAUGGAGGAACAAAGUGCAGGAAGAGAAAGAAUCCAAGAAACCACUUGGCAAACACGGCAUGGUCUUUGGAGACUUUGCAUUUCAGCCCGUCGCCAACAUGAGCGUCAAGGCUUAUAUUGCGCGACGAGUCCGCUGGCUCCGUGUACGCAAGUUUACCGUUUUGGCGGCGACCCUUGUUGAGCCGGGGACUGAAUCAAUCGUCUGCUCGCUAUACGGCGCAUUUGGCAUGAGUACAGUAGUCGCCAAAUACCUCGAAAGCCGUGGCUACACUGAAAUAGCCACCUACCUCCAGCGAUGGCCUACCUUUUUCUUGAUGUGGGCCAGUAGCAUUUUUAUAUGGUGCAUGGUCGAUUGGACAUUAUACCUCAAACUCCAUUCUGGCUCCACCGUCGAAAUCGACUCAAACACGCCCCCAUUCGCAAGACCAUUGAAAUCAUCCGCAGAUAAAACCUCGCGACGCCCCUUUCGACAAUGGCUCGCGGCAUGGACGAUCCGUGAAUCCCUCGCUUUCCCAAUUUGGUUCUGGGCCGUCUAUGGCGGGUCAACGGUGACAUGGCGCAACCGAUCUUUCCGAGUGUCGCUGUGGGAUACGAAAGCGCGUGAAGUUGAUCGUUCCGCGCGGCCUAAUAUUCUGCGAAAUGUCAAGGAUUCGUCGUACUCGAAUAGCAGUAGUACGACUGUCGGGCGGAUCUCUUCUUUGUCGUCAUCAUCGAGUUCCUCCAUGGCGGAGAGGAAUAAGAUUCGAAAAGAUUAA